GAGCUUGAAAGAAAACGUUAGAGAUUUGGAAAAGGCUUUAGAAUUAAUGCUUAGUGUGCCAUGCAGAGCAUAUGACAACAGAUUUAUUUCUAGCAUUGAGGGAUUUCGCGGUAAUAUCUAUAAAUUGGGGCGUCUAUUGCUCCACGAUUGGUGCACGGUAAUUGAUAAGGAUGGCAAGUCACAUGAUCGCUAUUGCUUCUUAUUUAAAUCGAGAAUUUUAAUAACCAAAGUUCGCAAAAUAUCUGAAAGUAGAUCGAUAUUUAUUUUACAAAAUAUCGUUAAGCUUCCCCUCUGUAAUAUUGAGGAACGUUUAGACAGCAAGCAAAUCCAUUUAUCUUUGAAAACAGUCGACGAUAGCUCAUUUUUGCCCUGUGAUAUUAGGCCACACGGCGAGGGAGCUCAUCUCGUUUGGCACAGAGAGAUCUGUUCACAUAUUGGCCAAGACGUCACAUUGCAAGAGCAUAAUGCAGAUGAUCUGAAAAUCGAUUCUACGCAGGUUGCCACAGAAAGCGAACUUAUUCUCCAUCUUCCACAAAAGGCUGAGGCCCAUGACUCAAGCUCAAGUGUACGCCCCUCCGAUGUGGCUGAGAAUUACUUCCUAAGCAAAGAAACUAAAGAGCGCCUCCAGUUGGAGCAUCAAGAGUUGCUUAAAUUUGAGCAAGAGUCCAUAGAACUUUACAAGAAACAACAAAACCAACAAAAUAUUUCCACAUCAGUUAAAACCAUUCAAACUGCUACAACUUCCACUUCGCAAGCCAAGUCCAUUUCGGAAGUUCAAACUAUCAAAUCUGAAGAUAAGACGAAAGAAUCGAUUUCGAAAUUAUCAGAGGUUAAGCAACAAUCGGCGACUGUUGCUCAAAAUAUUACAAAAUCUGCAAUAAAAUCAGAGACAAAUAUCGAAAAGAGUGAAUCACCGGUGAUUAGUCAAAAAACCAUCUCCGCUGUUGAAUCGGCGAAUAUAGGACAAAAUAUUUCGCAAACUCAACCAAUAAUCGCUGAAAAAUCGAUUACCGAAAUCGAAACGGUGACUGUCGCCCAGAAUAUUUCGAAAUCGGCUGUAAAGUCAGAGACAAUCGUCGAAAUUCAAUCAGAAACCGUUUCCAACGUAAAAGCAGUAACGCCUUCUGAGUCUUCCAUUCAAAUCGUAGAAGAAACAUCAAUAAAGCCAACUGAAACUGAAUCAGCUAUUGUAGAGGAAAUCAUCUCAAAAGAGGAUAGUCGACCAAUCGAAUUAGGGACAGAAACAGAAUCAGCUGGUAAGAACGCUGACGACUUGAAAAUUAAUCCAACGAUUCCGAAAAUUGAAAUACACCGCCCUGUAGAAACCGAUAACAAUAACGAACUCAUCAUAACCAAACAUAAACCGAUCGAGCUUACAGAUAUCGUUGGCUACAACGAAUCCCUUAAGGACAGCGAUAAUAACGAACAUAAUAAUACGAACUCCCAAACUCAUCGGGGAUAUGCUACUAAUAUAACUGAUUCUGCUUCAUUAACUCAUUGGAAUAAUACACUUGCCAAUAUCGCAUCCAAUCGAAAUGGGGCUGCCUAUUUUGCACCAGGACAAGGUCCUCCGCCUCCACCAUUACCCCCGCACUUUGUGCGAAUGCCUGGCUUCUUUCAACCGCUUCCGCUUGUAUCAUAUGAGACAACCAUUGAAAUACUAAUUGUUAAGGCGCGUCCACCCUCACCGCCUCCUCCACCGCCACCAACAAUAAAACGUGUUCUAGUCCAUACUGAGAGUCUAGAGCAAAAAACACAAAAUUUCUUUGAGGGCAUCUAUGAUGUGUCCAGUUCGGAUACAUCGCUACGCAAUGCAAAGCAAAAAAUACGCAGCAUUAAGAAUACGGUUUUGAAAUCAACGGAUUCUACGAAAUAUGCUCAAGAUACUGUACAGAAAGCGAAAGCUCGCGAUUUCCUACAUAUUUUUAACCCUCCCAUUAAAAAGAAAAGGCCCAUUUACGAGAUUGUUGAGGAGCCAUUAAACAUUUAUGAGCUUGAAGGUGAAUAUACUGAGUCUAUUGCUGACGAUUUCAGAGAGCCAAGUGCAGAUUUUGAAGUCCGGGGCCAAAGCGUUGGCGGUAUGGAUGAUUACUAUUCCGGCUAUUCCGUGGCAUCUAAACGGCGUUAUGAAACAAGUUCCAGAACAAGGGACUAUGAUAGAGGAACCUCAUACGACAGCACUGUAGAAAGGCAAUAUGGCACUAGUUCAAGACGUGAACGCAGUGCAGUAGACAGGAUCGAAGCCCGUUCAUCUCUCCUGGCUACAGGACGAACUGAGAGUCGUGAAGAAAGUCGCGCCGAGAGCCGUGCCUCAUAUUCAGCUGCCGAGUCCCGUGCUGGCAUUCGUUCAUCUUCUCGUCUUCUUGAGGAACAACCUUUGCGUUCGGUGGACAAGCCCGUUGUGGUCAAAAUGAUGAAGAGUGUCCAAGUGGAGCCUGGUGAGGCGGCCCAUUUUGAAAUUCAAUUUAAGGAAAAACCUGGCCUGGUUACCUGGUUAAAGGAUAACAAGCCUUUGGAUGAUCGUUUGGCUGAUCGAAUUACCCAAACAAGUGCACCAAUGAAUUCGUACCGUUUGGAUAUUAAGAAUUGCAGUGAGACCGAUGCUGGAACCUAUACUGUACGUGCCCAAUCCGCAUCGGAAACGACAACUUUGUCGGCUCAACUUGCUGUUGGUCAAGCAUCGGGUUACGAUGAGAGCAAAACCAAUGUUGCACCAGCCUUCUUGGUUAGUUUGAAGAAUGCGGAAAUGAUCGAGAGUACUCUAUUCCGUUUCAUGGUCAAGAUUACGGGUGAUCCCAAGCCAAGGGUGAAAUUCUACAAGGAUGAAAAGGAAAUUCUUGAAACUAACGAUCGGAUUCAAAUUAUCAGAGACAAGGACUAUUUGGGAUUCUAUGAGUUGGUAAUCGCUGAAGUGCACAAGGAUGACAGUGGCACUUACUCCUGUAAGGCUAUCAAUAAGCACGGCGAGGCUAGUUGUGAGGCUAUUGCAACUACUGUGGAGGACAAAAAUCCUUUUGGUGCCUUAAGUGGUCAAAUUUUGCCCGCUGGCGAAAAGCCAAUAUUUUCGUGGAAGCGAAAUGGAGAGGAAUUUGAUCCGGAAGAGCGUUUCAAGGUCCUUUUCGGAGAGGAUGAGGAUUCAUUGGCUCUGGUCUUCCAACAUGUCAAGCCCGAAGAUGCGGGAAUUUACACAUGUGUUGCUCAAACAUCUACCGGAAAUAUUUCAUGUAGUGCUGAAUUAUCGGUCCAGGGUGCUAUUCAGACAUUGAACCGAGAGCCAGAGAAGCCCACUCUUAUCAUAGAGCAUCGUGAGGCUAAUGCUAGUAUUGGCGGUUCAGCGAUUUUGGAACUCCAAUGCAAAGGUUUCCCCAAGCCAGCUGUGCUUGUCAAGCAUGACGGAGAAGUCAUUCAGGUGGAUGAUCGUCAUAAGUUCAUGUACGAGGAUGAAGAGAGCAUGUCCCUGGUCAUUAAGAAUGUCAAAACUGAAGAUGCCGGCGCCUACACUAUUGAAGCUGUGAACGAGUUGGGACAGGAUGAGUCUACAAUUAACUUGGUUGUUCAAGCUCCUCCGAAGAUAAAGAAAAUCAAAGAUAUCACUUGCAUGGCAGAGGAGACCGUGAAAAUAGAAAUCGAGGUUGAGGGUUUCCCCCAGCCCACAGUCAAUGUGACAAGAGAUGGCAAAGAUGUGACCAAGGAGAGUAACAUUAAAAUUGCUUCAAGCUCCAUUGGAAAGAGCGUUGAAAAAGUGGUUGUUGAAAUUUCGAAAAUUCAACUUUCACAAGCUGGAAACUACUCAAUUCGGGCCACAAACGAUCUGAGCCAAACCUCGGAAUACUGGAAUUGCACAGUCAAAUCGAAGCCAGUGAUCGUAAAACAUUUCGAAAGUGAAUACAUUCACGGCGAGAAGGAAAAUGUUCAGAUCACGGUACGAAUUGAUGCAUUCCCCGAGGCGACCCUGACAUGGUAUCACGAUGAAACUGAAAUUAAAUUAAUCGAUUCUAAAUAUAGUGUCAGUUCGGAUGGCAACGCCUACACCUUGAAGAUCACUGGUGCCACUCGCGUGGAUGCUGGUAAAUACUCGGUCAAGGCAAAGAACGAGCAUGGCUCGGCGACCAGUGAAACGCAGGUGCUUAUCAAAUGUACACCUGAGUUCACAAAGAAACUGAAGAACAUUACUGUUGCUGAGGGCGAAUGCAAUGUGGAGCUUGUGGUAGGUGUCGAUGCCUAUCCACGUCCUCAUGCCAAGUGGUAUAUCGAUGGCAUCGAAAUUGAUGAGAAGCGGAACGAUUUCCGUCGUGUCGAGGAGGGCAAUGACUUCAAAUUGAUCCUGAAUGAAGCGGCAACUAAUAUGCAAGGCAAUUACUGUUGCAAGAUAAUGAACGAUUAUGGCAAAUUGGAGGACAACUGCAUCUUAACCGUUAACUGUAAGCCUAAAAUAAGACGAGGUCUUAAAAAUGUGGAAGUUAAGGAAGGAAGUCAAUUUACAUUGGAAGUCGAAGUGUAUAGCGAACCAGAAGCUAAAAUCAAAUGGUUCAAGGAUGGUCAUGAAAUUUACGAAGAUGCUCGCAUUAAAAUUUCGCGAGACUCUCAACGCAUUGAGAACUACUAUUUGACUUUGAAUCUGGCUAAAACUGAAGACGCAGGCACCUAUGAGGUGAAAGCUGCCAAUUUCAUUGGAGAAACUACAUCAACUUGCAAAGUUGUUGUUUUAACAAGCGACACUUUAUCUCUGGAACAAACAGUUACAAAAACAUUGAUUGCGACCACAGAACAACCCGAAGAAGGGGCUGUGCCGGAAAUCGUUCACGUUGAUGUCUUCCAACAACACAGCUUUGAGAGCUUGCCACUCCGAUAUGAAGUCAUCGCAAAGGGUAUUCCUAAGCCGGAAGCCAUUUGGUAUCACGAUGGCAAAGAGAUUAAGCCCGACAAACAUACAGCGAUUUCUGUGGACGGGGAUCAUUACAAGCUAGAGGUGGAGUCAUUGGACAUGGUGGACGCUGGCGAAUAUAAGGUGGUACUGCAGAAUAAAUGCGGAGAAAAGUCGCAUCAAGGAGAGCUUGAGCUCAUGGGCAUCGCUGACUACAGGAAACCAAUAUUAACCUCUGGAUCCGGACUUAAGGACAUUAAAGUCAACAAAGGUGAUAAGGUCUCUGAACCAAUCAUCUUUACAGCUGAUCCUGCUCCUGAAAUUGUCUGCCUUAAGGAUGGACAUCCGGUUAAGGAAAGUGAUGCAGCCAAAUUGAAAAUUGAUGUUAAGGAUCUUGAUCAUGGCCUGAAGCAAUAUGCUUGCGCAUUAAAUAUAUUGAAAGCUGAUAUUAAGGAUUCCGGUCGCUAUGAAGUAACAGCGAAAAACAAACACGGAGAACUUGAUACAAUCGGUUGGAUUGAUGUUCUAGCCAAGCCAGAAAUUACAGGACUCGAGGAUCAUAAAUGCCUGCCCGGCGACUCAGUAUGCUUUGAGGCCUUGGUACUGGCCAAUCCCAAACCUAAGGUCACCUGGACCAGAGGCAAUGAAAACCUCUGCAAUAAUGAGAACUGUGAGGUUAUCGCUGACGUUGAUGGCGAUAAAUACAGACUUGUCUUCCAGUCGGUAUCUCCAAGUGAGGAUGGCAAAUACACAAUUACUGCUGUAAACAGCGAAGGAAGAUCCAGUGUGGACUUCCACCUUAAUGUGCUUGUCGAAAAGCCAACAUUUAUAGUUCAUCCAGAGGAUCAAAGUAUUCACGAUUAUAGAGCUGUCAAUACUAAGGUGCUUGUUCAUGGUGUCCCAUUGCCCACGAUUGAGUGGCUAAGAGACGAUAAGCCAAUUGACUAUGAUACUGUCAUUAAGCCUUCGAAGCAGAAACUGUACAGCACUGAAUCGAAGAAAGUGUCAUCUGAUCAAGUUGAAUCUCAAUUUGAAAUCAAGGCAUUCAGGGAAGCUGAUGUGGGAACGUACACUUGUGUUGCCAAAAACGAAAUUGGAGUGACCAAAGCUCCAUUUAAAUUGGCACUACAAUCGUUGGCACCCAGCUUUGUAAAAAAACUGGACAAUGCCCUUGAUGUUCUUCAGGGAGAACCCCUGGUACUGGAAUGUACCGUCGAUGGUAGUCCUUUGCCCACAGUUCAAUGGUUUAAGGACGGCGAUGAAGUUAAACCCAGUGAGAGUGUGAAGACAUCCACCACUCCGGAGGGACUUGUUAAGCUAGAGAUUAAUAACUGCCAACCCAAUGAUUCCGGUGCCUACAAAUUGGUCAUCUCAAAUCCUCAUGGCGAAAAGGUGGCUCUCUGCGCAGUAGCCGUGAAACCUGAGGAACUUCAGCCCACAUUCAUUAAGCCGAUUGAGAAUGUUCUUGUCACCAUUGGACAGCCUUUGAAAAUUGAGGCCCAGGUCACUGGUUUCCCGGCUCCUGAGAUUAAGUGGUACAAGGAUGGUAUGCUUCUGCGUCCAAGUCCUGAAUUGAACUUUAUCAAUAAUCCUAAUGGUCAGAUUGGAUUGAGCAUUGAUGCCGCUCAACCUCAAGAUGCGGGUGUCUAUAAGUGCGUUAUAGCCAAUAAGGGUGGCGAAGUAGAGGGUACAUCCAAGGUACAAGUCGUGCCGAAGGAGUCGAAACCAGCAUUUAUAGCUGAACUACAGGAUGCUUCAAGUGUCGAAGGUUUCCCGGUUAAACUGGAUAUCAAGGUCGAUGGACAUCCAAAGCCAAAACUUCAAUGGUUCCACAACGGGCACGAAAUUUUACCAGAGGCCCAACAUUUUGCUAUUGUAGAAAAUCCAGAUAAGAGUACAAGUCUUAUUAUUGAAAAAACUGUUCCCGGCGAUUCUGGACUGUAUGAAGUAAUAGCACAGAAUUCCGAAGGAACAACCGCAUCGAAGGCGAAAUUGUAUGUUGCUCCAAAAGCAGACGAAGCAUCGGCAGAAGAAGCACCACAGUUUGUGUCAGCGCUGCGGGAUGUGAACGCCGACGAAGGACAAGAGCUAGUACUGUCAGCUCCCUUCAUUGCCAAUCCCAUGCCUGAGGUUAUCUGGUCUAAAGAUGGAGUACCACUAUCUCCAAGCGAACGUUUACUAAUGACUUGCGAUGGUAAACACAUCGGUCUGAAUAUUAAACCUGCCGAAACAGCCGAUUCUGGUAGCUACACGUGUCUAUUGGCUAAUCCCCUGGGAGAGGACACAUCUUCGUGCAACGCAAAUGUUAGAAAAGUGUACAAGCCGCCAGUAUUUACCCAAAAGAUUUCAGAUCAACAGCAAGUAUUCGGAAAUAAUGCCAAGAUUCCAGUUACAGUCUCUGGUGUUCCUUAUCCGGAACUAACAUGGUACUUCAAUGAUAAACCAAUCAAUCCAUCCGAGAAAUAUGACUUCAAGAAUGACGGAGAUCAUCAUUUGCUCAUUAUCAAUAAUUGUGACAAGGCUGAUCAGGGUGUUUAUAAAUGCAUUGCCAGCAACAAGGAGGGUAAAGAUAUAACUCAAGGCAAAUUGGAUAUUGUGAAUGAAAUCAAAAAGCAUUCCCGAUCUGAGCCACCAGUGUUCCUUAAGAAGAUCGGAGAUUGUGAUGUCUAUGAGGGUAUGGCUGCUAAAUUCACUGCCUGUGCAACAGGAUAUCCAGAACCAGAAGUGGAAUGGUUCAAGAAUGACAAAAAGCUAUUCCCGUCCGAUAGAUUCUUAAUUGAUAUUGAACCAAAUGGUCUCUUGCGGCUAACCAUUAAAAAUGUGACGGAGUAUGAUGUGGGCCGUUAUUCCUGCCGCAUUUAUAAUCCUUAUGGAGACGACAUAUGCCAUGCUGAGCUAUUCUAUGAUACUUUGGAUAGUCAGCAACGACCCCUGGGUGAUCAGUACACAGAUUUUAAGAAAUACAAAAAGUCUGGUGCUCCUCCACCAUUAUCAGAAGGUCCUAUCAUAUCCCGUAUGACAGACCGCCGCUUGCGUUUGUCUUGGAAGCCGUCAGUACCACUAUCUCCACGCUAUCCUGUCACAUAUCAACUUGAAAUGAUGGACUUGCCCGAAGGAGAGUGGCGUACCAUUAGAACUGGAAUACGCAGCUGUGCAUGUGACAUGAAGAACUUGGAACCAUUUAGAGAUUAUAGAUUUAGAAUUCGUGUAGAAAACAAAUUUGGUGUUAGCGAUCCAAGUCCAUAUACUCAAACCUACAGGCAAAAACUUGUACCGGAGCCACCAAAAUCGUAUACUUAUCUGCCUCCUGGCACUGACUUUAGACCAGAGACAUCACCCUAUUUCCCCAAGGACUUUGAUAUCGAGCGUCCGCCUCAUGAUGGAUUGGCCCAGGCACCACAAUUCUUGCUACGCGAAAAUGAUCUUAGCUAUGGAGUGAAAGGACACAAUGCAGAGCUGAUGUGGUUUGUUUACGGCUAUCCAAAACCGAAAAUGACUUAUUAUUUCAACGAUAUGCAAAUCGAAUCUGGUGGUAGAUUUGAUCAUAGUUACACCAGAAAUGGACAAGCUACUCUAUUUGUUAACAAAAUGCUUGAUCGAGAUGUUGGAUGGUAUGAGGCAGUUGCUACCAAUGAACAUGGUGAGGCCAGGCAGAGAGUUCGUCUUGAAAUAGCAGAGCAUCCUAGAUUCUUGAAGCGACCGGAUGAAACCUUCAUUAUGUCCCGUAAGAAUGGACGUAUUGAAGCUAGAAUCACGGGAAUUCCAUUGCCAGAAGUGCAAUGGUACAAGGACUGGAAGCCAUUGGCAGACUCUACUCGCAUUAAGAUCAACUCUUUCGACCCUGAUGUAUAUAUUCUUUCUAUCCAUGAUUCAAUAAUCAAAGAUGGAGGUUUAUAUUCCAUUAGCGCAAGAAAUAUUGCAGGCUCUAUCAGCACUUCGGUAACAGUGCACAUUGAGGAGAACGAAGAUCAAUACAUUUACAAGACCUACGGAAGACACCCAUAUGUCCGUUCGAAACAAUUGCGGUACGAGGAUAAAUAUGAUAUUGGCGAUGAACUUGGCCGCGGAACUCAGGGUAUCACUUAUCAUGCAGUGGAACGUUCCACCGGCGAUAAUUACGCCGCCAAGAUCAUGUAUGGCAGACCAGAGCUGCGACCAUUCAUGUUGAACGAACUGGAAAUGAUGAACACAUUCAAUCACAAGCACCUGAUCCGACCAUACGAUGCCUACGACACUGAUCGCAGCGUUACCCUAAUUAUGGAACUGGCAGCUGGUGGGGAAUUGGUUAAAGAUAAUUUACUAAGACGCGAUUAUUACACUGAAAGAGAUAUUGCUGGCUAUAUCCAGCAAACAUUGUGGGGCCUAGAGCAUAUGCAUGAAAUGGGAGUGGGUCAUAUGGGAUUAACGAUCAAGGACUUGCUUAUUUCAAUUGUCGGAGGCGAUCACAUUAAGGUAUCGGACUUUGGCCUAUCACGAAAGAUAAACAAGCACAAUUUGUCUACACUGGAUUAUGGAAUGCCCGAAUUCGUUUCGCCUGAGGUUGUGAACAAGGAAGGUGUCAACUACUCCCAUGAUAUGUGGUCUCUUGGUUUGAUCACUUAUGUCCUACUCAGUGGUCACAAUCCCUUCCAAGGAGCUGAUGAUAGAGAGACAUUGACCAAGAUUCGCGAAGGUCGCUGGGACUUUAAGGAUGAAUUGUGGACUCACAUCUCUGAUGAUGGUCGUGACUUUAUUAGUCGUCUGCUGCUUUAUAGCCCAGAAGAGCGAAUGGAUGUUAAGACAGCAUUGAAGCAUCCCUGGUUCUUUAUGCUCGAUCGCCAAGUGACUGAUCAUGACUAUCAAAUUGGAACAGAUCGUCUGAGACACUACUAUGAUCACUUCAGGGACUGGUAUGCCAAUGCUUCGUGCAAGAACUAUUUCCGUCGUCGUCGUCUCAGUGGAUGUUUCCAACAUCCCUCCAAAAUGGUGUAUCCCCCCGGACACAUCUACACACCGGAAGCAACUCCUGAACCCUUACCCGAACCAAGGAUCCGUGCAAAACGUGAAGAGGUUGUAUCCAAAUAUUUGCAUCCUGACUAUGAGUUGGGUCUGAUUCAAUCGGAGAGCCAUUACCAGUAUGGCCCAGAUACAUAUUUGUUACAACUACGUGAUGUUAACUUCCCGGUGAGAUUGCGUGAAUAUAUGAAGGUAGCCCAUAGGCGAUCGCCAUCAUUUGCCCUAAACGAUUCUGUUGAUUGGUCGUUGCCUGUGAUUCGUGAACGUCGUCGCUUCACCGAUAUCAUGGAUGAGGAAAUUGACGAUGAACGGACACGUAGUCGCAUCAGCACUUAUGCAGCCAAUGAUUCGUAUUCGAUUAGACGUCUGCGUACGGAACUUGGACCACGUUUGGAUGAAUACACUGAAGCCGAUGCUAUGAUCGAAAGUCAACGCGAUGGUUAUCCACCAUUCUUCCGAGAGAAGCCACAAACUAUUGCCAUCACUGAGAAUCAGCCGGCGCAUAUUCAUUGCUUCGCAGUCGGUGAUCCUAAACCUUGUGUGCAGUGGUUCAAGAAUGACAUGGUGCUCUCUGAGAGUAAGAGAAUUAAAAUAACAUACGAUGAGGAUGGACGCUCUAUUUUGCGUUUCGAGCCGGCGGUUCACUUUGAUAUUGGUGUCUACAAAGCAGUGGCCAGGAACAAGGUCGGACAAACUGUGACCAGAUGCCGCAUAGUGGUUGCCACUCUACCAGAUGCUCCAGAUUCUCCUGAGAUUUCUGCUUAUAGUGGCACUGAAAUCUUACUUAGAUGGAAACAACCACGGGAUGAUGGUCAUUCUACGGUCUUGUGCUACAGUCUUCAAUAUAAGAUGGUCAAUUGUGAUGCAUGGACAACAGUUGCCGAUAAUAUCGAUCACGAGUUCUAUCUAUUGCAUGAUUUGCAGCCAAACACAAACUAUCACUUCAGGCUUGCCUCUAGAAAUCGUAUCGGUUGGAGUGAAAUGGGAAUUCCUGUGAGCGGCUCAACAGUUGCCGGCGAUGCUCCCAAAAUUCACAUUACAAAGGCCAUGAAGCAUUUACAACAGCUAACAGAGAAUGGCCAAGAAGUCAUCCCCGAAGAAGAACGUGUCCAUACCGACUACCAUUGCGAGCGGGAACCACCAAAUUGGGUAACCGACUCAUCUGUUAGCGAUAAAUACAGUUUCAUCUCGGAAAUUGCACGCGGUGAAUUCAGCACCAUUGUAAAGGGAAUACAGAAAUCUACGGACACAGUCGUUGUAGCCAAAAUCCUUGAAGUUACGGAUGAAAAUGAAGACUCCGUAGUGGCGGAAUUCGAUAACUUCAAAACACUGCGACAUGAACGCAUACCUGCACUUUUUGCAGCCUACAAACCCCUGAAUGUGCCAAUUGCUAUAUUCAUUAUGGAAAAACUACAAGGAGCCGAUGUCCUUACGUACUUUAGCAGUCGCCACGAGUACUCUGAGCAAAUGGUGGCUUCUGUCAUUACACAACUAUUGGAUGCCCUACAAUAUUUGCACUGGCGUGGAUACUGCCAUCUUAACAUACAGCCUGAUAAUGUUGUUAUGGCUUCUGUCCGGUCGAUUCAGGUUAAAUUGGUCGAUUUCGGGGCAGCAAAGAAGGUCAACAAGCUGGGCGUAAAAGUGAACCCAUGCGGCCUACUCGACUUCCAACCCCCGGAGAUGAUCAAUGAAGAGCCGGUUGUCCCUCAGAGUGACAUUUGGUCUCUGGGUGUACUCACCUAUUUGCUAUUGUCGGGAAGCAGCCCAUUCCGAGGAUCGGACGAAUAUGAAACCAAGCAGAAUAUUUCCUUUGCCAGAUAUAGAUUUGAAAAUCUCUAUAAGGAAGUCACUCCAGAGGCAACUCGUUUCAUUAUGCUUCUAUUCAAGCGUCAUCCAACAAAACGACCAUACACUGAGGAUUGCUUAGAACAUAGAUGGUUGAUGUCCUCCGACUAUAUGGUUAGAAAACGUGAGCGUGCCAUAUUCCUUGGAAGUCGUCUGAAGCCCUUCAGCGAUGAAUACCAUGAUCAGAAAAAUGCAACGGCCACAUCAUCCAAGGUUCUUAACUCGGUUGGCGGUGGACCAACACCCACUCAACUACUUCGAUCGAAUAGCAUUCAAGAGGAAUUGCUCACAACAUUUUAGUUAAAUAACUUGAAAGUACAUAGAUAGCGAAAAAAAAAAAUGUUGUUUUUAUUUCUUGUAUAUAUGGAUUUGGUUGAACAAAAUAAACAAAAUGUUAUAUGAGAAA